AUGACGCUCAAAGACUUCCACGGAGGUUCAAUUCCUUCCAAUCUCCCUCUCCCUUCUGCCCCUGGCGUAAUUGUGAGGCCUGCAGAUUGUGGUGGUUUUGAUCGGCAGACUUCAUGGGGGAAUUCAUUUGGAAGGUCUGAGCAUAGGUUGCGUCCAGCAUCAUCCGGGUCUGUUAGGAAAUUUGAUGAUAAGGCUUCAUUUUUAACUCACAAUGAGCACAUCGGUUCUCAUUUUGAUGAAGAUGAACGUAAGCCUUUGGAUGCAGCAGGUACCCGACAAAUUUCCAGUGAUGAGGGCACUCGUGCUGUACCAAGUCGUGUGGCGGAUCCUAAGAUGGAUUAUCUGUCUGGUGCUAAAGCUGGUAGUCAGUUGGGUUCAACUACCUUAUCUCAAUUUUCAAGUGGUGUAAUAGGUAGUUCUUUUGCGGGGAUGCUUACUGAAGUACAUAAUGUGGGAUUGAAGAAUCAAAUUAGUAGCAGUAGGAAUGGCACUGUUAGGGUGAAUUAUCAGAAUGUGGGUGGAAGUUCUGAGCAGCCGGUUGCUGGGUCCCAUCAGAAUGCAUGGGGAGGAAGGAAGGAGAUGGCAGGUUUAAGGGAGCCUGUAUCUGCUGCAUGGUCAGCUCCAGAUGCCGCAUCGAAGUUGGCUCAUGCCAGUGCUCUUGAGAAAGUCUCAUCUGGUCGGUGGCACUCGAAACAGCUGAUUCAUCCUCAAAAUGAUGUUCAGCUUAUUGGACACCUGGUACACGAGAGAGAGACUAAUUACGAGGCCAAUGAUAUACUUGAUAAGAACUACUACAGAAUAGAUGUGGUAGGUGGGACCGACUAUCAAGAUGUUGGAUUGGCAAUACAUGAUGAGAGGAGUCUGGUUGUUGGAGAUGAAGCUCAUGUUGGUGGUAAAGAUAUAUCACCUAAUGAGAGUGCCAGGUUUACCAUGUAUAUGGACACGGAUAUGAGGAAGCCUUCAGUUAAUGCUAAUGAUUUUCAGCCUGUUUGGACUGCUGUAAAAUCUGGUGGGAGUGAGUUACAGUCAGAAGUGCCUUUAGAAUCAUCAGAGAGGCCCAAACUUAAUCUACUUCCUAGAUCCAAACCAUUGGAGAAUAUAGAUAUGAUAGUUGAUUAUAAGCAGCAGGUAAAAUUAGAGCGUCCAAAACAGAAUUUCAAGCCUCAGUCACAGCCUAUUGAACAAUUAGAGAGAAAAACUGAAAUCAAAAGGAAUGUUGUGUUUGGAGGUGCUCGACCACGAGAACUGGUUCUGAAGGAGCGAGGAAUCGGCGAUGCUGCUCCAAGCAAUUAUGGCGGUGAACUUUCCUCUAGGAUGGAUGUUGAAAGGACUGAUUCGCAGAGGAGGAACUGGCAAAAUGAAAAUUGGAGAAACAAGGAGAUUGAGAGGCACCCCAAUCAGCAACAAGGGAGGCCACCAUCACCCGAGACCUGGCGCAAAUCUGUUGAACAUCAAAAUCUGGCAUCUCCAAGUGCACCUGGGCAGCGUUAUGGGAAAGCAGCUUCUGCAGUUGUGCUUGCACAGGCCUUCUCGAAAUCAGUCUCUGAUCCAACUGUUGCCAAUCGUCUUUCAGGGCCAAGUGGCAUUCCCAGCCAGGGUCAGGUGCCUUUUUCUCGACUAGUGGGUCCAAGGCCCCAGAUUAAUGGUUACUGA